AUGUCCAACGAACAUUGGGAAGAAAUCAGUGAAUGGGAUAUUGAAGAAGACGUUGACCUGGCUCAACGUAUUACGGUUCACGCCGUUCACUCUAUAAGUGAAGGCGGGGAUGAUGAAGAAUAUCAACUUAUACAAGCACAUAAACAUCCUACGUAUGCUGCUGCUGCUAAAUGGGGCCGUAAAUCUUCUAACAACGAAGAACCUUCUAAAAAUAAUAAUAAACCUAAUAUUUCACAAGAAAAAAAGAAACCUUCCAACCCUCCAAAAGUUGAUAAUACCGAUGUUGCGGAUUCCAUACUAAAAGGCGAUCAUGACGUAGACUAUGAUGAUACAAUAGGAUCCGCUGAAAUAUCAAAUCGUAAUGAAACUCGUCGUAAUAAUACUAAACUUCAUAGAAUUCAUUCCCAAAAAUUAUUGUCUUCUUUGAUUUCCAAUGCUGAAUUAGAAAGUAAUCAAGAUUUAAUUAAAGGUGAUACUAAUAGAGAUCCCGAAUUCAAGAAAUACAAAUUAUUAAAGAAAACUAUGGCUUUAAACAAGAAAUCUAAGAGUGAUAGAAAAGGCAUAGAAAAAUUACGUGUUGAAGUUUGGUGA